AUGAAUAUACUUUUAUCUCAUAUGCCAAAAUUAAAAAGACUUGAAAUUGAAAAUGAUCAUGUUAAUUAUUAUUUAGAUUCAUUUUUUACUUUUUCAAAACUUAGAAAAAUUAAACUUUUUUGGUUACGCCAAAGUAUGAGACCAGAUUAUUUUGAACGUUUAUUAGCAAUAACACCUAUUAUUAAAUUUAUUUAUCUUGGUAUAUAUUGUACCCGAUUAGAUAAAUCAUUGUUUCAAAAAUUUAUUUAUUAUUGGUGGCCAGAUUCAGUAAAAAUUCCCUUUAUUAAAAUUUUUAUUCGAUGUCGUGAAUUGGCAAGAACAAAUAAUAAUAAUGAAAAAAUAAUGUUUGAUAAAUAUUGUCGACAAAUCUUAAGUAUAAUGAAUACUCAAACAAACACAUAUUUUAAAGUUAAAUGGAUUGAAGAAGAUUCCAAAAUGCAUCGAAUUCAAAUGAUUAUUCACAAUAUUGGAUUAUAUCUUGACUUUAGAUAA